AUGAGGUCUCACACGGGGGAAAAACCACAUUCCUGUUCUGAGUGCGGAAAAUGUUUUGUUAUAAAAUCAGAUUUAGAUAAACACCUGCCAUCUCACACGGGUGAAAAGCCCUAUUCCUGCCCUGAGUGCGGAAAAUGCUUUUCACAUAAGUCCACUCUUGUCAAGCAUCAGAGGUUACACACGGGUGAGAAUCUAAAUUUCUGCCCCGAGUGCGGGAAAUGUUUUGCCGCUAAAUCAGAAUUAGAUGAACACCAGACAACUCACACGGGCGAAAAGCCAUAUUCCUGUCCUGAUUGCGGAAAAUGUUUUUCACGGAAAUUCACUCUUUCUAUACAUCAGAGACUGCACACGGGAGAGAAGCCGUAUUCCUGCUCUGAGUGCGGGAAAUGUUUUUCACGUAAGUUCAGCCUUUCCAUACAUCAAAGACUGCACACAGGAGAAAAGUUGCAUUUCUGUCCUGAGUGUGGGAAAGGUUUUUCACAGAAGUCCUCCCUUUCCGCACAUCAGAGAAUGCACACAGGAGAGAAGCCGUAUACCUGUCCUGAGUGCGGGAAAUGUUUUGUACGUAAACCACUUCUUGAUGCACAUCGGCGGUUGCACACGGGGGAGAAGCCUUAUUCUUGUCUUGAGUGCGGGAAAAGUUUUUCCCAGAAGUCCCAUCUUAAUGGACAUCAAAUAUGCCACACGGGCAAGAAGCCGUAUUCCUGCCUUGUGUGUGGGAAAUGUUAUCUUCAGAAAUCAGACCUUGUCAUACAUCAGAGGUCUCACACGGGGGAGAAGCCGUAUUCCUGUCCUGAGUGCGGGAAAUGCUUUGUGCGUAAAUCACUUCUUGAUGCACAUCGGAGGUGUCACACGGGGGAGAAGCCUUAUUCUUGUCUUGAGUGCGGGAAAUGUUUUUCACAGAAGUCCCAUCUUAAUGGACAUCAAAGACUGCACACUGGAGAGAAGCCGUAUUCCUGUCCUGAGUGCGGGAAAUGUUUUUCACAGAAGUCCAUUCUUUACAGACAUCAGAGAUCUCACACGGGGGAGAAGCCAUUUUCCUGCCCUGAGUGCGGGAAAUGUUUUUCAGAGAAGUCCAUUCUUUACAGACAUCAGAGAUCUCACACAGGGGAGAAACCAUAUUCCUGUUCUGAGUGCGGGAAAUGUUUUUCAGGGAAGUCCAAUCUUUAUAGACAUCAGAGAUUGCACAUAGGUGAGAAACCAUAUUCCUGUUCUGAGUGCGGGAAAUGUUUUGCAAUAAAAUCAAAACUUGUCACACAUCAGAGGUAUCACACGAAGGAGAAGCCAUUUCCUUGUCCUGAGUGCGGGAAAUGUUUUUCAUUGAAGUCCAGUCUUCAUAGACAUCAGAAACUACACACAGGUGAGAAGCCGUAUUCCUGUUCUGAGUGCGGGAAAUGUUUUGCAAUAAGAUCAGAUCUUGUCACACAUCAGAGAUCCCACACGGGGGUGAAGCCAUUUUCCUGCCUUGAGUGCGGGAAAUGUUUUUCAUUGAAGUCCCAUCUUACCAAACAUCAGAGAUUGCACACGGGCGAGAAGCCAUUUUCCUGUCUUGAGUGCGGGAAAUGUUUUUCAGAUAAGUCCAACCUUAAUAAUCAUCAGAGAUCGCACACAGGGGAGAAGCCGUAUUCCUGUCCUGAGUGCGGGAAAUGUUUUUCAGGGAAAUCCAAUCUUUAUAGACAUCAGAGAUUGCACACAGGUGAGAAACCAUAUUCUUGUUCUGAGUGCGGGAAAUGUUUUGCAAUAAAAUCAAAACUUGUCACACAUCAGAGGUAUCACACGCAGGAGAAGCCAUUUUCCUGUCCUGAGUGCGGGAAAUGUUUUUCAUUGAAGGCCAGUCUUCAUAGACAUCAGAAACUACACACAGGUGAGAAGCCGUAUUCCUGUUCUGAGUGCGGGAAAUGUUUUGCAAUGAAAUCAGAUCUUGUCAUACAUCAGAGAUCUCACAAGGGGGUGAAGCCAUUUUCCUGCCUUGAGUGCGGAAAAUGUUUUUCAUCAAAGUCCCAUCUUAACAAACAUCAGAGGUAUCACACGGGUGAGAAGCCACAUUCUUGUCCUGAGUGCGGGAAAUGUUUUUCAGAUAAGUAUAACCUUAAUCAUCAUCAGAGAUCGCACACAGGGGAAAAGUUGUAUUCUUGUUCUGAGUGUGGGAAAUGUUUUACAUUGAAGUCCAGUCUUUUUAGACAUCAGAGAUUGCACACAGGUGAGAAGCCGUAUUCCUGUUCUGAGUGCGGGAAAUGUUUUUUAUACAAAAAUCAAAACUUGUCACACAUCAGAGGCAUCACACAGGUGAAAAGCCGUAUUCCUGUCCUGAGUGCGGGAAAUGUUUUGUACAAAAAUCAGAACUUGUCUCGCAUCAAAUGUGCCACAAUGGGGAAAAGCCGUAUUCCUGUUCUGAGUGUGGAAAAUGUUUUGUACAAAAAUCGCUACUUGUCACACAUCAAAGGUCUCACACGGGUGAGAAGCCAUAUACCUGUCUGGAGUGCGGGAAAUGUUUUACUAGGAAGUCCAGUCUUUGCAAACAUGAAAGAUCUCACACAGGGGAGAAGCCCUAUUUCUGUUCUGAGUGCGGGAAAUGUUUUUCAGGGAAGUCUAAUCUUUACAGACAUCAGAGACUGCACACGGGGGAGAAGCUGCAUUCCUGUCCUGAGUGUGGGAAAUGUUUUGUACAAAAAUCAAAACUUGUCUCACAUCAAAUGUGCCAUUCGGGGGAAAAGCCGUACUCCUGUUCUGAGUGCGGGAAAUGUUUUGCAUUAA